AUGCUCACUACUGCACUUUUCAUCGCCAUCUUGACUCCACCACUGAAAUCUUCUCAACCUGCACUGCUACCACGCGCGGACGCCGGCCUACAGCUGCUGACCUGUCGCUCUCGUAACGAACGCACGAAAUGUUUUCACGUAUUCUUGAUGCAAAUACGGCGCGCCUGUCAUCCUCGCUGCCUCAUUCUUCCCUUCUGUCGCCAGGCCGGUCCCGAUCAGCAACAUGAGUCCUCGUCCAUAUGCACGUCAAGUUUUUGCGCCUCCCUGCUUCCUGGUUCUUCUCCACAACUGCUUGUCAGCGCAGGACGGAGACUGGGCUCUAGAGAACGAAUGCCACGCACAUCAGACGCAAUCCACGCGCCGCACUCUACUCCACUGUACAUCGAAAGUCAAUUCGCGAUUCUUGUCGACAGCUACGAUGUCCCCAACCAUGUCCCAUGCAAAACUUUGAUCUGGAACGACGACGCGGGAGCAGAGAAGGAUGAUGCUCCUGGCGAAGAGAACGCUCCGAGUUGGAAAGAGGUUCCGGGCGAGAAUGCUCUCAGUAAGGAGGAGUGGGGCUUCAGACCAACAGCGGAUAUGUGGCGGCCACAGCGCCCGGAACCUCCAUCAAUCGCAAACGAGUAUGGCAGCGGAGACCAGAGAGCACCAGCACAGAACAAUGACCUGACAGCUCGGCCAUCGCCAGGCUACGAGCGCCUUCUAGUGCUCGGAUCACCCAGUCAGGAGGAAGGCCUUGCACCAUUACAACAGUGGAGACGUGAGGAGGGUACAGAGACCGAGAGCACCAUCCAUCGCGAGGCCGACAAGAUGAUCGCACCAGCACAGCACAAGGAGUUGACAGCUCGCCCAUCGCUAGAGCGAGGGCUUCGAGGAGGAAGCCGGGCGAAAAGGACUCUUCGAAUGCAAAUGAGGCCUUGCACUAUAACAACCGCGGACGUCCAGAGGCUACAAGGACCUGGAGCUCCAUCAUCUAUCACUAGCAACGCGACGGAGACCAAAGCACUGGCACAGCACAAGGGUUUGACAGCUCGCCCAUCGCCAGAUCAAGAGCUCGUUGUGAGUGAUCACAACUCUCAGCCGCCCAACGAGUCAACUGCGGCCGUGCGAGCCACUCAAGACACGGAGCAGGUCGCUGCCAUCCAAGACAUUGAUGAGCGGCAGGCAGAGCUCGGCGAAGCUGUUGUUCCGCACAAAAUCUCAUCGCAACUUGUCGAGACUGCAAAUGGAGGCGGAGUGCGCUCUGAUCAAUGCGUUGAAGGCAUGGGAAUCGCUCAUUGUAUCCCGAAUCUUGGUCACACUGCAGCUGACGCAGAGGCUGCCGGGCACACUGACUCCACAACAACUUGCCUUCAGGCACAAUCCCUCGUGCUGAUAGUGGCAAGAUGCCUAGCAGCAGUGUCACUCACACGUGCUGAAAAUGAUUCAAGCUCACACCGGACAACGAAGGCUCCCGAAGCCAGUGACGAGAAGUGGCAUCCAGCUUCAAAGACGCAGUGCCCCAGGCGACCGACGAUCACGCAGCCCCAACUGUCGAAUCCUCGCUUGCCAGCGCUGCUACUCCGAACUCUUCACAUCCUGACGAGGUGUCAGUCGCAAACGUGGCUUCUGGAUCUCAGCCCAAGUCAUAGGAGUGCUCAGCAAACCUCAAACCUUACCAAAUCAACUAGCCUCGAACUCUGCUUAUUUCCUUAG